UAUCAGAUUUUGAGCAAUCUGUGAACCACAAAGUCCAAUUUUCAGCUUCAUAGUAUGUCUUGGAUUUUUGUAGAGAUAUCUUGGCUCCAAAAUAAUCACCCCAUUCCAAGAUGUCCUUUAUUAAAUUUUUGAAAAUUGAGAUCGUUUCGAUAUUAUUGUUCCUUUUGCAGAGUAUGUAGACGUCAUCUGCAUAGACAGUGACUACCAGACUAUUGGAUUUUAUAAUAUACUUAAUUCCAUUAAAGGCGAUGUUGAAAAGGACGACAGAUAAAGGAGAACCCUGAGGUAUUCAUUUUUCUCAAGGAUAAAUGUCAGAAAAUGGUUUUUUAAUUGGUUUAUGAGUACCGCUUUUGGAUGCGUCUUCCUAGAAUAGUAUUUUUUUCUCUCCUAUAAUGAUUAGAAAAAUUUGUACACUGUGCCAAAUUGGUGAGAAAUUAUGGAUGGGUCGGAAGAAAUGUAGUUGUUGGUUUCAAUUGCAGCGACAGGUUGGUAUGGGUACCGAUUGCAUAAUUUAUUAAUUUUAUUCGAAAUAUCGACAGUAGAAGAGUUGGGAGGGAUAGAUAUUGUGAAUUUUAAGAAUCUCAAAUUUUUUGGGAUUUCAUUUCUCUCAUUCUCUCUUCUUUAUUCCACCAGGGACAUGGUUUUUCCGGGUGUGGGAUGCUUGGGGGAUAAAACGGAUAGCUUUGGCAAUGCUGGCAGCUUCAUGGUUCGGGGAGUUGGAUUGAAUGCGAGCGUCCAAUUGGUGAUCAACCUGCCUUGCAAAGUUGGACCAAUCGGCGUGGUCUAAAUGGAAUUUCGGGGGAGCUUUGAAACGUAUAUUUUAUAUCUAAAGAUAAAAAAGGACCUUAAUUGGAGAGUGAACAUAUUUAUCUAAGAAGAGCAACAGCAGCAAAAAAAAAAAAAAAAAAUAGACAGAAAAAUGACCUGAUAGCAUCGUACUCGUCGGGGAUAUGAGAAAAUUUUAACUCAAUAUUCAGGAAAAUAAUUGAAUCGCUAAAUAAGAAAGUAAUGAAAUGGUAUCAAAGUGGCAAAAUUGGAUUCAAGUGUACAAAAAACAAAAGUCAUGUUGCCUAGGAAUACGUAGCGUAUGCAAAAUCCUUAAAAUAGCCGUUUUAAUAGUAGAUCAGUGAUAUUUACUAAUUACAUGUAGUAUAACAACUCCACUCCCACGAAUCAGAGUAUACACGGCGUAUAAGAAAGUCAUUGAUGUCAUUCGAAUAACAAUUGCAACAAUGACUCACAGCUUACGACUUGUGAUAAAAUAUGCUGAUAAUCUCGUUUUGAUGACUCAAGAUUACAAUCGUACACACGACAAUGGUUUUGCACGAAGAAAUAUUUGGCGAAGGCAAAAACUACGAAGUUUCUUACAAUUGUUUAGGUUUUAUACAAUUUGCGCUAUCUGUUUCGUAUGCUGUAGUAUUUUUACUGCUGCUACAGCAUUGACUGAUGGCAGCAGUCGAAACAGAAGUGGUAGCAGCACAGUAAAGAGUACUCUGUCGAGUUCAACGAGUACAAAUACAUCGCAGAUGGGCCUACAGUUUUCGUCAAGUGAUAUAGUGGCGCAAUUCAGUUUGCCUGCCGUGGCUCUUGGAGGUAGUAACAUUGAAGGAGGAUCUGAUGGAGUCACUUCUUCAAUAAUAACAAGCGCACUGAAUGCUUUCAAUCGCUCGACACCAACCAUACUAAGUGGUUUCCAGUACAAAAACUAUUUUACUCAUUUAGCAUAUGAUUUCAAGCGUAAUGUUUUUUACGCUGGUUCAACUAAUAAGAUCCUACAGUUGAAUGAAAAUUUGAGGGUGUUAUCUCAGGCAUUAACCGGACCUAAGUAUGAUUCGCCACAAUGUCACGCAAGUGGGUGCCCCGAUGAUGUCGAGACAACACUAGUUAAUAACCAUAAUAAAAUCCUAAUAGUUAGUUAUGCGCAGGGUAUGGGAAUACUCAUUGUAUGUGGCAGUGUUCGACAAGGUGCUUGUGAAAUGUAUAAUCUUACCAAUUUUCCGAAUUCGCCACAAUUCAUUGAAACUCCUUUGGCUGCUAACGAUGAGUUUGCCUCCACGUAUGCUUUUAUCGGCCCCGCAAAAUAUUCAUGGAAAGACGAAGAUAUUCUCUAUGUCGGCACAACAUUUACAAAUGUUGGCGAUUAUAGGCAUGACGUACCAGCGAUUUCGUCACGCCGGUUAGACGAUUUAAAUUAUGUUGAAUUUUCAAUACAACAAUCUAUUAUUAAUAUAGAUGUGAAAUAUCGAGAUCACUUUCUUGUUAACUAUGUGUAUGGGUUUAACUCUUCAGAAUAUGCCUAUUUUGCGCUGGUGCAGAAAAGGUCUCAUCUAGCUGAUGAAGCCGGCUACGUGACUCGAUUAGCACGUAUAUGCGUGACGGAUCCAAAUUACGAUACCUAUACUGAGGUAACCAUUCAGUGUCUUGCAACUAAGGAUAAUACUGACUAUAAUAUACUACGCGAUGCAAAGAUUGCACAAGCUGGCCAAAAACUAGCAAAAAAGAUGGGAAUCAAGCGUGAUGAUUCUGUUUUAGUUACAGUCUUCUCGCCAUCAAAAGAAAUUACCGACCAAGUGGAAGCCAAAUCGGCUAUGUGUAUAUAUAGUCUGAAAGAUAUUGAAGAAGUGUUUAAUGAAAAUAUACAUAUGUGUUUUAAUGGUACUAUUAAGGAUCGCAACUUAGGUUAUGUAUCUGGUACUAUCGACGAUGGUCACUGUCCAGUAGCUGGCACCAUAGGUAAUAUUCAAGAUUUUUGUACGGUGGGCUUAAAAAUUAGUGGAUCUUCAGCGAUUACAUCUCAAGCGCUGUUUAAUUUUGAUAACGUUAGUAUAACAUCAGUCACUGCAACGACUACUGGUCCUCAUUCGUUAGCUUUUUUGGGAACUGAGGCUGGCACAAUAAAAAAGGUUUUGAUAUCUGGCCAUAAUGCGGGUGAAUACGAAGAGAUAGUUGUUGAUCCAGGCAAUCAAAUUCUUCAAGAUACCAUGAUGUCUUCAAACAGGGAGUUCUUGUAUGUACUAUCGAAACGCAAGAUAACCAAACUUCGUAUAGAACACUGCUCAGUUUAUUCAAACUGUUCUUCAUGUUUAGAAUCACGUGAUCCAUUCUGUGGCUGGUGUUCUUUGGAGAAACGUUGUACUGUCCGAUCUACCUGUCAAAAGGAUACUGCUGCUGCUCGAUGGCUUUCCUUAGGAAGCGGCCAACAAUGCAUUGAUUUCGAAUCUGUUGUUCCGGACAAAAUACCAAUCACUGAGCUUACACAGGUGCACUUGGUUAUACGUACGUUGCCAGAACCAUUCAACGCUAAGUAUCGUUGCGUUUUCGGAAACUCAACUCCUAUUGACGCUGAUGCACUUGAAAAUGGAUUAGCUUGUAUGACACCACCGAUAGAGGAACGACCCAAUAUCAAUUCGAAUAUGGACCAUGUUCUUGUGCCUCUUUCUGUUCGAAGUUCUGAAACCAAUAAAGAUUUUGUGUCCCGUUCCUUUGCAUUUUUUGACUGCGCACGUCACAAUACCUGUCAGAAAUGCGUGCGUAGUAUUUGGGACUGUAACUGGUGUAUCUUUGACAAUAAAUGCGUUCAUAAAAUGGAACAAUGCAGAAAUAUGGAGAGUGUAAUUAGUAACGAAGAAAUUUGCCCACAUUUAAAACCUUCGCGUCAACUAAUAUUGCUACCUGUGCAAGUGCCAAAAGAAAUAAAAUUAGAAAUUGAAAACCUUCCCAAACCAAAAAGUGCUCAUUCCGGCUUUCUAUGUACGGUUCAGAUUGAAACAUCCCAAAUGCUUCUACCAGCUCGCAUCGAAUCAAAUAAAAUUGUUGUAUGCGAAAAGACACCGUACUUUUAUGAAACGAAUACCCAUGAAUAUGAGGCUAAAGUGGAUAUUACAUGGAAUCGUCAACACUAUGUGGAUACGGCAACAAUUAUUCUGUAUAAAUGUGAUGUAUUGGGCUCACAUCGGGAGCAUGCUGAUUGUAGUUUAUGCGUUACAAGAGAUCCAAAAUACCAAUGCGCGUGGUGCGGUAAUUCGUGUGUCUACAAUGAGACCUGUUCGCCUGAAGUCCCCGAACAUACUGUAGCGUCAUAUGACGCACCAUAUUUGAUGGCUCGUGCUAAUGAAUGUCCGCGUCCCCGUAUUGAUAUGAUUAAACCACUGUCAGGUCCAAUUGAAGGAGGAACCUUAAUUACCAUUGAAGGCAGUAAUCUAGGUAUACGAGAAGAAGAUGUGCGUGGGAAAAUAUCAAUUGGCAAUGUUCCAUGUGAAUUGGUUAAUUAUGAAAUAUCUGUAAAAAUUGAGUGUAGAACUGGUGCUGUUGCAUAUGAGCUCUCUGCACCCAUAAAAGUUGCCAAUGAAGCCGGCUACACAGAGUCCAGUGUACAGUUUCAUUUCAAGAAUAUCCAGCUUAAUGGUUUACAACCAACAAUCGGACCAAAAUCGGGUGGCACACAAAUUUCACUCAUGGGAAAAUAUCUUAACAUAGGCUCGCGUAUACGGGCCUUUCUGGAUGAGUAUGAAUGUCACAUCAACGUUACUCAGGCAUCUUCAUCACGUUUAACUUGUAUAACAUCUGAAGCUACACAACCAGAGCCCAUACGAACUUUACAAUUAGUUAUAGAUGGUGCCAAUCGUACAUUCUCCUGUAACAAUCCUAAGUUACCACAAAUUCAAUCGCAUGGAAACUCUUAUAAUCAACAUCAAUUCGUAUCUCCUGAAAUUGGUACAAACUAUGCUUAUAAUUUCCAAAUACCUACGACACGAAUAUGCUCUAUAUUUAAUUACACACAAGACCCGCGAAUAAUGCAAAUAAAACCAUUGCGUAGUUUUGCCAGCGGUGGAAGAGUUAUGACAGUCCACGGUUUACACCUCAAUUCGAUACAGAAACCAGAGUUAGAAGUUACUAUUGACAAUGAGCGCAUUAAUAAAAGUGCUUGUACUGUCAUAAAUCCAAACCAAAUGGAGUGCCCAUCACCGUCAGUAAAUGAAAAAUAUUUAGAAUAUAAGGCCUCUUUAGAACAAAUCCAAACGGCAGCUCCAAAUCCUUACGCUUCAUCACUUACGAAAUUUAAUUUUGAAAGCGUAAGAAAGCGGAGCACACAAGUUAAAGACAAUUCAUAUUCAUAUACAACAGUCAUCAACGCAGCCAGUGGUUAUUUUGGUGGAUCAGGUGUAAAUCCUGACAUGGCCGCUUUUGUAAGGAUACAGGAAACCCAAUUCAACCUUCAAGUUGGUUUUAUUAUGGAUAAUGUGCAAUGGGUACGUGAUUUGAGCAAAUAUUUUCAGAACUUACGUAGUGCAAUUGUUUAUGUGCCCGACCCAAAGUACACUCCUUUUCCAGAUGGAGUUAAGCUUUAUAAAGGUGAUACACUAGUAAUAGAAGGCGAACAAUUAAACCUCGCUGCAGACGAGUAUGAUGUAAAUGUAACAAUUGGCACAUUGCAGUGUAAUAUUACUAGUUUAGCUCUGAAUCAAUUAGUUUGUAUUCCUCCGGAGAAACAGCCUUUAUCAACUGAUGAAAAUGGCGUCGAACAGCCCAACUCUUUGCCGUUAGUUGUUGUAAAAGUUGGUCGAAACUUGCGAUUUGUUAUUGGUUACUUAAAGUACGAUCUACUCAAGCCAUAUUCAUUUUCGAAUGCGUUUGUCGGUAUUGUUGUUACAGUUCUCAUCGCAUUGGUGGCCUUGUUUGUUGUCCUAAUAAUCUACAGACGAAAAUCAACACAAGCAGAGCGUGAAUAUAAACGCAUACAAAUUCAAAUGAUUACUUUAGAAAGCAAUGUGCGUUCGGAAUGUAAACAGGCUUUUGCUGAACUACAAACCGACAUGACUGAUUUGACCGCUGAUUUGGAGAGCAGCGGGAUACCUACCCUCGACCACGUCAAUUACAUAAUGAAAGUGUUUUUUCCUGGAGUUUCAGACCAUCCAAUUUUGAUAGCACCAAAGCUACGAAUGAAUAAUCCUCACACUCCGUACGAUACUGCUAUGCUUCAAUUUGGACAACUGAUAAGCAAUAAAUAUUUUGUAUUAACUUUUAUUGAAACUUUGGAGUCUCAGAAAACAUUUAAUAUCCGCGACAAAGUUAAUGUUGCUUCGCUGUUAACGAUAGUUUUGAUGAACAAAAUGGAAUAUGCGACGGAGAUUUUAAAAUGCUUAUUGCUACGGUUAGUAGAUAAGUCAGUGGUGGGGAAGCAUCCACAUUUAAUGCUACGACGAACAGAAAGUGUUGUAGAAAAAAUGCUUACAAAUUACAUGGCAAUUUGCAUGUACGAUUACUUAAAAGAAUAUGCUGGUUCGAGUCUAUUUCUACUUUUCAAAGCAAUUAAACAUCAAAUCGAAAAAGGUCUUGUAGACGCUAUAACACAUGAGGCUCGAUACUCGUUGUCGGAAGAGCGUUUAUUGCACGAGCAAAUUCCACAUUCCGUUGUGGUACUGCAUAUUGUUCAGGAUGACCUUGAUGAGAAGGUUCAAUGCAAAGUGCUCGAUUGGGAUACUAUUUCUCAAGUCAAAUCAAAAAUAUUAGAUGCCCUAUUUAAAAAUACGCCAUUUUCUUGCCGACCAUCAGUGCAUGAAGUCGACUUAGAAUGGCGUCAUGGCCGUGGCGGCCACCUAACUUUGCAGGAUGAAGAUCUAACUACCAAAACGAUAAAUGGUUGGAAACGUCUCAAUACACUUGCGCAUUACGGUGUCAAGGAAUCAGCUGUAAUGUCUCUAAUAGCACGUCAAGGUGAUAGUUAUAACAGACAUUAUAGCAAACAACAACCACCGUAUCAUAAUUUUUAUUACAUAAACAAUUCCCAAUCUCAUAUUAUUAUUAACAACGACAUCGAAAGUGGGUUGCAGCAGCCGAGAGUGUAUCAUCUGGUAAAACCAGUAGCGGCUGAUCAUUAUAUGAAUAUAAAAAACUCUGUAAUUUCUGGAGGAAACGUUACUGCUUCUGCUUGCAAUGCAACUAGUGAACGUGUAAACAAAACUAUACCUGAAGUAUAUUUAACAAGAUUAUUGGCUGCUAAGGGAACAAUUCAAAAAUUUGUUGACGAUUUUUUUGCCACGAUACUAACAGUAAAUGAGGAAUUACCACCGGCUGUUAAAUGGUUAUUCGAUCUUCUUGAUGAAGCGGUGCGAAGGCAUGAGUUCGUCGACACGGAAAUUCUUCAUGCCUGGAAAUCAAACAGUUUACUUUUGCGUUUUUGGGUCAAUUUUAUAAAAAAUCCUGAUUUCAUUUUUGAUGUAAAUAAGACAGUAACAUUGGAUUCAUGCCUAAGUGUUAUAGCGCAAACUUUUAUGGACGCAUGUUCCACAACGGAACAUAGAUUGGGUAAAGAUUCACCAUCGAACAAAUUGUUAUUUGCAAAGGACAUUCCCCAGUACCGCAAGAUGGUUAAACAAUUUUACCGCGAAGUCUCACGUUUGCCACAGAUAAGUGAUCAGGAAAUGAACACGGCUAUGCAGCAACUAUCAGUCCAACAGAGUGAUGAAUUCGACAUGAUAGCGGCAUUGAAAGAGCUCUAUAUAUACGUCACUAAAUACAGGGAUGAAUUAUUUUGCUAAAAUGGCGAGACCUUUGAGUAAUAGAACUAUAGAAGAAAUUCUGAACGAGGAUUCUGACUCCGAAUCAGUACUCGGUGGCCAUCUAGAAGAACAAAUCAGUGACAAUGAUGGAAUUAGCGAUUGUGAGGAGCCGCCAACACAAGACUCAGAUAGCAGUGAGGAUCUGGGUCCAGAACUUGAAGCAAGUUCUUCAAAGAGUGAAGAUGAACCUGUUGCAAGACCGAGUCAGAGCAGUUACUAUGGAAAAAAUAAAUACAAAUGGUCUAAAAAUCCACCAGCAGCUUCACGAACUCGUCAACAUAACAUCGUUAGACAAAGACCUGGAUUGAUUGGUCCAGCAGCGUCAAAAAAUGAGAUGACUACCAAAGAAUCAUUUGAACUACUUAUAGAUGGUAAUAUUAUACAAAUUAUAACUAACUAUACAAACGAAAAGAUUACAGAGAGUUCAGAAAAGUAUUCCACAGUGGCGUUUUGGACAAAUCAUGUUUCUGAAACGGAGAUGAAAGCUUUUAUAGGUCUUAUGUUACUGGCCGGAGUAUUCAAAUCUGGACAUGAAGAUGUAGAAUCUUUGUGGGCCACAGACGGAACUGGUCGCGAAAUUUUUAGAACAACCAUGGCAUUGAAAAGAUUUUGGUUCAUUUUGGCAAAUCUACGGUUUGAUGAUAUUGCAUCAAGGGAGGAACGAAAGACUGUAAAUCGGGCGGCAUUGAUUUCUUGACAGAUUUAUAGAAAAUUGUCAGAAGAAUUACAGUUGUUCGGGACAUAUAACCAUUGACGAAAUGUUAUGUCCAUUUCGAGGCCGAUGUUUGUUCCGGGUUUACAUGAAAUCAAAGCCAGCUAAAUAUGGCAUCAAAAUAUUAUGCCUAUGUGAUGCUAAGACUCACUAUUUAUAUAAUGCUUUCAUAUAUACUGGGAAACAGCAUGAUCGUACCAGGUGUCAAGAAUCCAUAAAUACACAAUCCGUACUACAGUUAGCUACUCCAAUUUUUGGAUCAAACAGAAAUAUAACAGCAGAUAAUUGGUUUUCUUCUGUGGAGCUGGUAGAUACAUUGCUGGAAAAGAAUUUGACUUAUGUUGGGACAUUGAGAAAAAAUAAACGUGAAAUUUCAACCAAAUAAACAACGUCAACCUGGAACAACUAUCUUUGGAUUUACGGCGAGCAAAACACUAGCUUCUUUUGUACCGAAAAAGAAUCAGAGUGUAAUAAUGAUUUCUUCAAUGCACCACGACCAAACUGUCAAUGAAAGAUCUGGAAAACCUGAAAUAAUAGAGUUUUACAAUUCGACAAAAGGUGGAGUUGAUGCUUUAGACCAAAAGUGCGCUAAUUACUCUGUAGCUCGCAGAACACGACGUUGGCCAAGUGUAGUGUUUGCUGGAAUGCUAAAUAUUGCUUGUGCGAACGGCUAUGUGUUAUGGAAAAGUUCAAAUACUGAAAAAACAAAUGAAAAGGAAGAACUACAUAAAAUCAGCUGGGAUGGAAUUAAUAAAAGAACAUGUCAUAAAUCGGAAAGCUGAGUAUUCAAUGUACCCACGAGAACUGCGAGAAAAGAUUGAUCGUUUAGUAGCAUCUUAUAAUAUAACUGCAACAUCUGUGACUAACUCCACGCCUGAAGUUGCCACCUCGAGCCCAAAUGAUCUAAAAAGAGGGCGCUGUUACUUAUGUGAUAGAAAAAAAGACGGGAAAUUUGUUACAAAAUGCAAUAAUUGCAAGCAUUUCAUUUGCAAAUUGCACAGUAGCACAAAAGUACUGUGUGAUAGUUGUCAAGACUGAAAUUAGUCCACUUAUAAUGUUC